AUGGCUUGCAUGGUGGGUCAUAGCAAUGCCAUAAUCAAGACCCUCCUAAUCGCAAUUAGCCCACAACCUGGCUCUUUUCACACAAUGGAGCGGUCCCUCAACAUGGAUCCUUCGACCAUCCACGUCACCUUCAUCCCACACAAUCCGUACAUGCUGACCCCUCGCCUCAGAGCCUACAACAUGCACUACUGCUCUUUCGCCACUCGGUCACCAUCAUCUCACCCUUCUGAAGUUUUUCAAAGCCAUGCAGAUCAACUCUGGCCUUGUUUCUCACACUCUCAUCCCCUUCAAAGCCUCCGUCAUGCGAGCCAUAGUCGGCUUCGUGCUGUUCGCGGUAGCCUUGCCACCAACACCUUUCCACUCCGGACCGAUCAACGAUGCUUCAAAAGGAAGCUUUCUGGCUCGCAGCUUCGACUAAAGGCCCGCAUCGAUCAGGUCGACCGUCAGCUCGCCACCCCAACAUUCGUUCUUGGGUCGACUCUUACAUGA